AAUGUUAAAAAUAUUAACCUCAAACUACUGGCAAUACUGCAAUUAAAAUCUCCACAACUAUUCUCUACCAAUUUGACAGCCCACAUCCAUAUCAACUUUCAUUUGCAGCACCUCAUUGCUGUGCUGUGAAAUUCUUCAAAAAAAACUGAACUAACUCUUGUGUAUCUUGUUCUUCCUUCGAAUUAAAUCUAGUUUAUUCUUCUAUUUUCAACGACGGCAAAACCAAAAGCCAAAAAAGAAAACCUACCUUCUCACUUCAACCAAUUACGUGCAAGGCACAAUCUGACAGUUCGUCUCUGACUUUUGAACAGGAAGGUUGUUAAAUUAGUGAAAUAAAAGUGUUCUCGGUGAAAAACAGUGUCGUUAUUUACAAAAAAAAAAAUUGUGUGUGUGCUAUCUCCUCAACAAAUAUCCAGCGCAUUGACUGAUUGGUUUUGUCAAUUGAAUUCUGGAGCCAAAUUUUAAAUCUUUACUGACAGUCACAUGCAAACUUUGGCUAUUCGGCUUGUUGGCACAUUUAAAUCGAAGUAGAACGUUAACUUUUUGGGGAGGCGAGAGAGAGUGGAGCAGAUUACACUUUUCACACAGCAGCAGCAUUCGGCGUUUAGCCGUGAUUGGAAUCAAUUGGUGGGGAUAUUUGCAAGAAAAUAAAACCACAAUUUAGUAUUUGAGGUAAUCGUCCAAGUUUACAAUAACAAAUGACCUGAUCACAGGGUCAAUUGAACCGAGAGCGAAGACUAAAGCACUCAAAAGGAAUCGAGAAUAUUACGAAAUUAUUUUGUUUUUAAAGAAUGACAAUAAUAUUAUUUUUGGUCGACACUUCGUCGUCUAUGUGUCAAAAAGCCUAUGUUAACGGAGUGCAAAAAAGCUACUUGGAUAUCGCCAAAGGGGCAGUGGAAACGUUUCUAAAAUUUCGCCAGCGAACUCAAGACUGCCUUGGUGAUCGGUAUAUGCUGUUAACUUUUGAAGAACCACCAGCGAAUGUUAAGGCCGGAUGGAAGGAAAACCAUGCUACAUUUAUGAAUGAGCUUAAAAAUCUACAAAGCAAUGGGCUGACAUCGAUGGGCGAGUCCCUGAAAAACGCAUUUGAUUUACUUAAUUUAAACCGCAUGCAAUCGGGUAUUGAUACCUAUGGACAAGGGCGGUGCCCGUUCUAUCUUGAACCUUCAGUAAUUAUAGUCAUCACCGAUGGUGGAAAGUAUUCUUUUCGCAAUGGAGUUCAUCAGGAUAUAAUCCUGCCGUUGAAUUCGCAAAUUCCUGGAACAAAAUUUACCAAGGAGCCAUUUCGAUGGGAUCAAAGACUGUUUUCUCUUGUUCUUAGGAUGUCGGGCAACAAAAUCGAUGAACGAGUGGAUGGCAAAGUACCACAUGACGAUUCACCUAUAGAGAGGAUGUGUGAAGUAACUGGAGGGCGGUCGUAUCGCGUGAAAUCUCAUUACGUGCUAAAUCAGUGCAUUGAGAGCCUGGUGCAAAAAGUACAACCUGGGGUUGUUCUGCACUUUGACCAAAUGCUCUUAAAAGACCUUAAAGAUGGAGAAGUUCAAGACAUUGCAUUUCAAACAACCAAAAAAAUGAUAUACGUACAGAAACAUAUUUCGCAAAAAACAUUUCCAGUUGGGUUUUGGCCGUUGCCAGAACCCUAUUGGCCUGAUCCAAAGUCUGCUACACUUCCACCAAGAGAUGCACAUCCGAAGCUGAGGAUAGUUACUCCGUGUGUCGAUGAACCUCAAAUGGUUAGAAAUUUUCCAGUGGAUAAGUAUGAAGUCGAAGCCAGCCCGCUGACUUUACAAAUUUUAUCAAAACGUGAAAUGAACAAAUGCUGGCCAGUUAUCAUAUCAAAUGGAAUGCAUGGUUUUGAGGUUCCUUUUGGGUAUCUCAAGGCAAGUCCGAACUUUGCUCAGGUUCAUCUGUAUGUUUUAGCAUACAACUAUCCGGCAUUGCUACCGCUCCUUCAUGACCUAAUUCAUAAGUACAAUAUGAGUCCACCAAAUGAUCUGAUGUAUAAAUUCAAUGCGUAUGUUCGGCUGAUACCACCAUACUACUGCCCGUUCCUUAGACGAGCUCUUUUGAACAUAAACGUUCCAUAUCCUCUAUUGCAAUUUUUGCUUCCCGAAAACGCUGAUAAUUAUCUUAGUCCAAAUAUUGCUAACCAGCUGAAACACAUCAAAAAUACAGCGAAACAGGACCAAGAGAACCUGUGUCAAAAAGUUCUUAGGCAAUUGCGACAACCUAGACCGCCAUAUUGGCAAAUUGAAAGAGCGCGUUUAAUUGUUGGACCACCCCUGCGAAGGGAUCUGGUGCGAAACCCUCUUCUAAGGGACACGUUUAGCAAGCUUCACACUGAAAUUGAACCAAUAGAAAAUUAUACAAUAGUUGUGCCGUCGAUGGUGAGACAAGCGCCAGCGAAAAACUAUCGCAAUCCUUUUGACAUUCCUAGAAGGGAUCUUAUUGACGAAAUAUCAAAAAUGAGGGACAACUUCUUAAGGUCAUCUACGGCAAACGGUAUUGGAUUGGUGAACAAAGACUCGGGACAUUGUCUGCCAAUUUCUGAAAUGGGUAACUACCAAGAGUAUUUAAAGAACAAAGAUAACCCGUUGCGUGAAAUCGAACCGACAAAUGUGCGACAACAUAUGUUCGGUAAUCCUUAUAAGAAGGAUAAGCACAUGGUAAUGGUAGAUGAAGCGGAUCUUGGGGAAGUGGCCCCAAUUAAGUCUCCAAAUGCCCAAAAUGCACAAUCGAAAAAGCAACUUGAGCUUGGAAGUAGAUCGAGAAAACGAAAAGCAGGACCAAUUCGAAGGGAUUUCAUUUUUCGACGAACAUCGACUGACUCCCGGCCAAGCACGCCAUCAGUAGCCUCCUCCACAUCGUCUUGCAAAGGAUUUGAUACGGAAACUGAGGAUAGCAUGUCGGACACUUCAUCUGUUAUUUCUUCUGAUGACGAUGAUCCGGAUAGAUUGAGUUCGUUUGAGUUCAAUGAACUAGACGUAUUUCAACCUAACGGUCACGUCACAAAUUUCAUAAAUGGAAUGACAGAUGACAUAGAAGAAAGCGUAUCACCAACUUCACCAGUUCAUUUAUCAACACCCCUACAUCCCACAAUGCAAGCCAAUCACAACAGCAGUACCAUCGUUAGCAAUAAUGGUAGUUUAAUAAGUACGUUAGGUAGUGCGCUUGCGACUAGUAGUGGUGUGUCGAUCAUUGGAAACGGAAUCUCAAGCAACAAUUUACACAUUCCGGUUCCUUAUAGUUCUCCAACUUUCGUCGAAGCUGCCACGUCGCUAAGUGCCAUGGCGUCUCAUCCACAUCAUCAUCAUUCUUAUACACCUUUGGCGUCUCAACCUUUAGGGCCUUUGCCGGCAUCUACAUCGGUCACAGCCACAGCCACAGUCUCUAGUAUUGUAGGAGCAACACAAUUACAGUCAACUCCAGCGGCAACAACGAACGGUCAUAGUGACAUCAACAGUGAUGCACAAGAAAUCUCCAGGAUUCUUCAACAAUGUCACAACGGUACCACCGGCAGCGGCGUCGUAGUGCCAGUUGUUUCGGAAAUAACUACAAAACACGAACUUUUAAUAGCUGAUUCGCUUCCUCCCGACUUCGACAACAUUAAAACAAUGGAGAUCGAUCAAGAGCAAAAGCCAGGAGUAAGCUCCAAUGCCUGCACAACUAACUCGAACUUCGAUAACCUCAAAAAAGAAUUACCCGCCCCAUCUGUCGAACCGCCACUAACUAACGAGCAACGCGAUGCUAUCCGAAGGCACAAUAUCGAAUUGCGAGCGACAAUAUUUCGGGAAAUUCGUCGUCCGGGUCGAAAUUACUCCCAACUUUUGGAGAACCUUAAUCUAAUCAAAGGUGAUGUCGAUACAAAGAAUAAAUUCAUACAGAUGUGUGUCACCGAAUCAAAACGCUUUCGACGACAACUCAUGGCCAAUAGUAUACAAGAUUGGUGGGAUAAACGGGCCAACAAUAAUAGUUUUAUAAUGCAAAAUCCGGCGAUGAGUUCGAGCUAACACCAAGGCUUUUACUAAAACACCGCGCCAAUUGUUUUUAAUUAAAUAUUUUUUUUUCAGAUAAAUUACUUUAGAAGUAUAUAAAUAUAAAAAUAUUUGUAAUUGUAGUAAGAAGUAGUUAUCUUUUUAGUAAUAAGAGUAUUCAAAUAAUUAUAUUUUGUUUGCUCUAAAAAGAAGCAGAAAAAAAACGAAACAAACGUUAAUAUCUUUUAAUUUUUGUAAAUACUGUUACCAUGAAGAAAAAUAUAAUAAUUGUAGAGUUCAGUAUACACAAAGAAAUGUUAAUUUUGAAAAUUUUACCGUCUUUAAUUAAACAAAAAAAAAAAUAGUUAUCUUUUCGAUUGAAAUAAUUUUGGCUUCCUUAUAUUUUUUUUAACAAGGGAUUUGUUUUUAUAUUUUUGUUUUAUUUUUUUUUAAGUUGAAUCCUUUUUGAAAUUUUUUACUUACACAAAUUAACCUUGAUAUUUGUUAAGGUUUUCCUACCCAUGAGUCAUUGUUUAACUGAAAUUACUUGAAGCUGUGAUACAAAGCUUUGAUUGAGUUUUAAUUUGUUAACAAAAUUAUGUAUAUGAGUUUUAAAUCAACAAUGUUAUUAGAUACCGUUGGAAGAUGUCAUUUUAUAUUUAAAAAACAUUCUUGUAAUAUUUUUCAAUUUGAAUUUUUUUAUUCAAAUUCAUAGCCACUCGCACAAAGAUUUGUUAUUUUGGUAUACUCAUUAAAAACAAAACUUGAGGAAGUUUUAUAGACCUGGCAAAUUUUGGGAAUGGAGUGGUAAUCAAAAUUCCUUUAAUAAAUUCAACCGUCUGAGGCAUCAAAAAUUCAGAAAAAAAUCCCCCUGAUUACAAAAAUACAUAUCCAAGACGUUUUACUUUAAGCCUUUCUGCUGGCCAGGCGCAUUGUAAACUUUUUAAAAUGCAUUUUUCAAACUAAAACCCUGAUAACUUUUUUCCUAUAAUAAAUAACCAUAUGAAUGGUAAAUCUUAAUACCAGAAACCAUCCCCUGAUUACAAAGAUGUGUGUCCAAGACGUUAGGGUUGCAGCCUUCUGCUUGCCAGACGCAUUUUAAUAAUUUUUUAAAUGCGUUUUCAACUUAUCCCCCAAACUUUAUUCCUAAAAGGUGUUAUAAAUGAAUUUUUUAUUAGUUUGGGUUAUUUUUACUACACUCCCUGCGGUUAACGGCUUCACUAGUUGUUACUAUACCCCAAGUUUGGAAAAAUGCGGUAAUAAAUACAGGCAUAAGCUUUUCCAUCUCACUGUGGCUGGACAAUGGAGGAUAACGUUGUAAAACCGAAAUUGUUUAACGGAAUUGCGGCCUCAGAAAAUAUUGAACAUUUUUUUGUAAUCAAAAAUGAAAGUUAAGCCAUUGAUGCCGAUGAACCUGAUGAUUAAAUAUUUGUCUAUACAAUCAAUUUUCAAUUCGACCUAAAAAUAUAAAAAAUGAUCAUUUUCAAGCGCUCACCCUCGACCCGAACCGACAAAAAACCUGCAAGACGGUUGAAUUUAAUAUAAUGAUGCGUAUAUCUACACAUUUAUAGAAAGGAAUAAUUUUGGUUAUCACUCCACUCUAAAAUUUGCUGCCGACCCUUAGACUUUAUGUUUUUUUUAUGAUUUUAUUCUGAAAUGUCUUUACAUUCGGCCCAGGAUUUGCUACUCAAAUCGGUUUUCGAACAGUUUCCUUUUUUUCACAUUAAAACUGGUGAUUCUACUUUAAGACAGGACUCGAAUCUUGUCUUGUCUUGACAGAUCUUAAUCAAUGCUAAUUUUUUGAACUUAUUCAGUUUUUAAUGUCAAUAAAAAAAUAACCGGUUUCAAAUUUGAUUCAGAUAUAAGAGAGCAUUUUUGUGAUAUUAAGGGUGUAUUUUCAAAAACGAACCUCACCAACUAAUACAUGAGGAAACAGCUUUAGUUAAAUAAAAAAAUACGUCUUAUAGACAAGCAUAUUAAAUUAUUUUUAUUUUCAUGAAAAUCGGUUUCAAAGGCUGUCAAAGAUCAAUGAGGUCUCAAUAAUAUUAAUGAACAAAAAAUCUGAGUUUCUUAACCAUUACAUCUAUUUCAAUCAAUAAUCCCUGAAGAUCAAAAUUUAUAAUCAUCUUUUUCCUAGUUUCAACUUUUCAAAACAUGGUCUUGCUUUAUUGUGUAUAGAUCUCUAUUAAUUUAUCCCGUCAACUUGAAUUUAAUAUUUAAUUAAAAAAAAUAAUACGAACAAAGUUUCCUUUUAAUUUAUUUUAUCAUUUUCUUUUAUUUAAAAACGAUUGUAAAACAAUUUUUGUAUAAAAAACAAAAUCUUAAAAUUACAAUAACAAACAAAAUACAUAAAAUAAUCAAACGAAUAAUAGUUUUUCUAUGCAAACAAAAUAUCAAUAGACAAAAAGUUAUACAAAUUUAUGUAAGAUUAUGAUUUUAUUUAUUUUUUUACUGUCCAAAUAUUUUUAAUAACUUAAAAAUCUUUGUACAGAACAAAUAAAACAACAAAUUAAAAAAAUACAACUGCAACAACUAUACAAAAUUCUAGAUUUUAAGAUAGAUAAAAAAAAUAUUUUCUAUUAUAAAAUAUGUAAAUAGAAUGUAUUGUAUAAGAUUGUUUUAAAUGUAAAAAAAAAACACAAAAUCAAAACAUCUUAGUAAUUUUUAGUAAAAAGCCGGGAGCAAAAAAAAAAAACAUAAACUGAAAAAGUUAAAAAUGCAUAACAAUAAAUAUGUUUUGUUUAGUAUACGUGUGGAUGUGUAAUUGCGAGCGAAAGAUACAUCGGUACAUAAAUACAUAUUAAAAUUAUAAUUAAAUAAUUCUGAAUGAUCGUCAUGAAUCAAUUUAUAAAUGAUGUGAAGAAAAAAAAAACAAAAUACACUUAAUUAACAUGUUCUGUGUUGUGCCUCCCCUCUAUAAAUCGAUCUUAGAAAAAUCAUAAAUUAAUAGAAAUAAAAACAAAUGUUUAAGGAA